AAUCUCACAAAACAAAACAACGAUGAUGGUCUCUUCUUCUCACGUCUCUCCUUUAGAGUCGACUCUCAAUCCAAUGGAGAACAGAAACCGCAUUGCUUCGUCGAAACUGAUUCGAGUCUCUCUACACGAAGUCGAGAACCAACUCGAACUAUCACUACGUCAAGCCUUUGAGUCUCUCGAGCCGAAACUACGGCCACCGUUCUCCUUAGAUAUCCCAGACCCACAAGAGUAUCUUGACCUCAAUAAAGCCAUCGUCUAUGGAGUUUUAUGCGAACCCGAUUCAUGUAAAACCCACAUCAAGCACUUACACGCUCUCGUCACUGAUGGGUAUGCGCUUUUCACUAGUUUGCUUGUUGGAAUCGUUGUUGAAUUGUACGUUAAGCUUGUUGAUUCCGCUAAGGUUCAGCUGGUUUGGGUAACGAAGGAGAUGAUUGAUGUUUCGAGUGUAGGGAUUGAGGAUUUGAUUGUGUCAUUGCUAAGGAGAAUCGGAACUGGGGAUUAUGGUGAUCAGAAUGUUUGGCUUUGUUCUGAAUUGGUGGGUUUGUUUCUUGAGAAAUGGGAUUGUUUGCUUGAUGAUUUGCCCUUGGUGUUGACUAGUGCUCUGUAUAGUUUUCUUCGUUUGUUAGCUGAUCAUUGUAGGGUUUUAGGCGUUGUGAAACUUGAUUAUGUGAAGAGGUUGGAGAUUAGAUUCUGUGUCAAAAUGUUUAGAGAGCAGCUGCAUUUGUGUUUGAAGAUUGGUAGGGAUCUUGUCCGGUUGUUGCAGGAUCUGUCUCAUGUCUCUGAGUUCAGGGAGAUAUGGAAUGAUUUGGUCACAAACAAAUGCUCUGAGAUAUAUCAGUCCAAGACUUCGAGUAGAUACUUCUUUCUUCGGAUCGCUCCUGAGAUGGAAACGCAGUUAAGGUUUUUGCUUGGAUAUGUGAAACUGGGAAGCCAUAAGCGGCAUCAGAUUUGGUUCUUGAAGAAGUUUCUUUUGGGUCCUGAGAAAGAAACGCUUUUGAUCGACAUAGUGCGGUUCAUUUGCUGUGUUAUUCACCCUACAAACGAAAUCAUUAGAUCAGAGAUUAUGCCAAGAUGGGCUAUCAUAGGUUGGCUUUUGGAACUGUGCAAGCAAAAUCAUCACAUCGAAAGAAGUGUUAAUCUGGCUCUCUUUUACGACUGGCUCUUUUUCGACGAAAGAAUUGAUAAUAUUAUGAAUGUUGAACCUGCUGCUCUCUUGAUGGUAUGGUCGAUACCGCAGUAUCCACACAUCACUCACUCGUUACUUGAGUUCUUACUUCAUCUUGUGGAAACUUAUGACAUAACCCGUCGGGAUAUGAUUGUUAGAGGUUUGACAUCAGCAUUCAGAGAGAUUGAGCGUAAAGGAGUUAUUCGAUCGCUGGAUAUAUUCCUAACAAAUCCUGCACUUGCGCCAGAUUUGAAGAAGAAGCUAGCAAAUCUGUUGUCAUGUCAUCAGGAGAAGGUUCCUGUGAAUCUCCAUCAACUUAGUGUUCCUUCUAAACAUACAUUUCUGUCUUCAGAAGCUAAUUUAAAGGAAUGCAGCACCAAAAUGGUUGAUACCCCUCAUCAGGGGUUGGACAAUUUGGUUGAAAAUGUAGCAAAACACUAGAUCCCAGGUUGAACAAUUUUCAAAAGAGUUUAUUAGACCUUCGUGGUGAACAUAACACUUUGUCUAUGUUGCAAAUCUUGCAUCAAACAACAGCCGCAAUCGGCUCUCAUUACUUAUGAUUCAAGACAGUCAGUACUUGAGGAGACAAACACUUGAACACCUUAAAGAGAACAAGAACAGAGGAACGGAGGUAGAAGAAGAAGAUGGUGAGACGCUAAGUUUAUAAGCAUUAAGUUGAUCCUAUCUCUAUAAUGCCAGAACCGAAUCUACAAGGUCAUGGAGAGCUCCACAAAGACGUUUAUCUGUUUUAACAAUUGUUCUAAAAACUCUUGGCUGAUAAUCAGUGUUUAAAGUCUUAAACCAUGAUCCGAAUUCACAGAUCAUAUUGUCACCAAAGUUAAUAAAUCUCUUCCCAAGUUGAUUUUUCUCUUCAUCGAUUGUAAUUUUCACCGGAAAAAAGUCUCAUCGUCCACGAUUGACAACGAGAGUGCAAGCCGGGGGUGAAGAGCAACAUAAGGAAACUGAACAUGACUGAAAACAUAAGCCGGGGGUGAAGAGCAUAAUCCUUAGUGGCAACAACCACAUAAU